AUGAAAGCUUCUGAUCCUCCCAUCAUCAACAACAUGACCAGUCAGAGGGCAGCUGCAGUGCUGAGCCCUGCCGCAGCUGCUAUCCAACAUAGGCAUCUUCAACAGCAACAGCAAAAGCAACACCAGGCUGCUAUGGCAGUGACGCAUAUGGAUCAAUUAAUGUUGUUGCGUCAACAACAAGCUAUGGCCAUGAACAACAUGUAUGUCGCCGGAAACCUCCCCCCUGGAGCGCCAUUUGCCAUCCCAGGUCAAGGUGUUGCAGCUGUUCCCGCUGACCCUUCUUUGGAACAGAUGAUUCUUAUGCGUCGGAUGGGCCGUCGAUAG